UUUUUUACGAGUGCGACUAAAAUCGCUUCCGUAUCGCAACCGGUCAAUCGAAUCAUUACGAUAGAAUGGACCGAUGGAGUCAAGGGAAAGUUUCCAGUAAUAUGGUUGAGAGACUGUUCACCGGAUCCGAACACCUACAUGUUUAGUCCAGCGAUGGUUGCCAGGAAGCUGACAAUGAAGGAAUUCGACGUCGAACAAAGCCCGGAAUCUGUUCGGCUUGAAGAUAAUCAGCUCGUGAUUGAUUGGAAAGGAACGCAAUCCAGGUUCGACUCGGAUUGGCUGUUUCUUCGGAAUCCCUCAGAUGAACUGGCUAGGAAGAUGAGGCGGAACGUGUAUCUGUUUCCAGAGACAACAUGGGACAAAGAAGAAAUAGAGAGGCGGCUUCAGCAGUUUGAGUAUGCAGCAGUGAUGGCCGACGACAAGGCUCUGCACGACUUCCUUGAGGCUGUGUGCAUGGACGGCAUCGCGGUGAUUAAGAAUGGUCCUGUGAGCACAAAAAGAGUAGUUCCGGACAUCGGAAACAGGAUUGGUCUGAUUCAACACACGCACUUCGGGAAAGUUUUCGAAGUUACAACUAAAGUCGAUGCAAGUAACAUGGCGUAUGCUUCAAGAAGCGCCUUACCGUUCCACACCGAUUUCACGUCUUUGGAAAAUCCUCCACAGCUUCAAAUGUUGCAUAUGGUAGAGCGUCCUGAGCAAGGUGGCGAUAACAUGUUUGUCGAUGGGUUCCACAUAGCCGAACUGCUUCGAAAAGAAAAACCGGAGGCUUUCGAUUUACUGACCAAGCAUUCGUUUGAAUACAUUGAAGAAGGUUUCGACGUUCACGAAGGUCCUGACGAAAGACCGAUAAAGUUCGACUUCAACAUGUGUUCAAGACACAAGACCAUCCAGCUGGACGACACCGGUCGAGUUGUCAAAAUUCAGUUUGGUAAUGCCAUGAGAAGCUGGUUCUAUGACUGUGAUCCUGAGAAAAUCCAGGAAAUCUACCGGGCAAUGAAAACGUUCUCGGACUACUGCUACAAGAAGGAGAAUAUUCUGAAGUUUGGUCUGGAAAAUGGUGACACUGUACUGUGGGCGAACACUCGAUUACUUCAUGGUCGUGAAGAGUACCGUAAUGUUCCGAAUGGCAAUCGAACCUUGACCGGUUGCUAUUUCUCGUGGGACAUUAUUAAAUCGAGAGUGCGAUCUCUACGACGAAAACUUGGUCUACCCACUGCCCAGCCAUCGGCCUAG